AUGACGCGACGCGCCGUCCGAACUGUCCGCGUCGCCGCGUCCGCGACGGAGACGACCUCGCCCGCGCCCUCCCCGUCCAACUCGGACGCCUCCUCCGCGACGACGGCGGCGGCGGCGACGCCGUUCGAGGCGUACCUCGCGACCGAGCUGUCCAUGAGCGCGACGGAGAUCGACGACGCGCUGCGGCGCGCGCCCAAGCUGCGCGGCUACGACGUCGCGUCCGUCGUCGCGCCCAAGGUGCGGUACCUGAUCGACAGCCUCGGCGCGACGCCCGCGCAGGUCAAAAAGGCGCUGCGGCGCGACGCGCGCCUCCUCGUGUGCUCGCUCGCGUCCGUCGAGCGCGUCGCCGCGUGGCUCCGCGAGCGCUGCGGCGUCGCGCGCGAGGACGUCGGCGCCGUGCUGUGUAAGCAGCCGUCGUUGGCGUGGCAGUCGAUCGACGACAACCUGACGCCGACGCUCGCGUUCUUGACGGAGGAGCUCGGGAUGACGCCGAGGGACGUCGCGAGGUGCGCGACGCGCCGACCCGCGGUGCUCUGCAUGAGCGUGGAGGGUACGCUGCGCGCGAAGCGCGCGUUUUACUCCGACGUCUUUCGCGGCGACGACGCGAGACGCGACGGCGCGUUGCGACGGCACCCGGAACUCCUCGCCGUGAGCGUCGACGGCGCCGCGCGACCGAAGCUGGCGUACCUCGCGGACGCGCUCGAUAUCGGCGCGGACCGCGCGGCGAAUAUCGUCGCGAAGAGCCCCGGGGUGUUGUCGCUGAGCGUGGAGAAGAACGUCGCGCCGACGAUUCGAUUUCUCGCGGAGGAGCUCGAGCUCGGCGUCGCCGGCGCGGCGAAAGUCGUCGAGUCGCGGCCGAACGUGCUCGCGUACAGCGUGGACAAUAAGCUGCGGCCGACGGUGGCGUACCUCACGCACGAGUUCUUCCCCGCGUGCGACGCUUACGCCGCGGUGAUGUUGGUUAGUUACUCGCUGAAAGGGCGGAUCGUGCCUCGCGUCCGGACGCUGCGGAAGAAGGGCUUGAUGGCGCGCGGCGUCGGCGCGGGCGGCGGCGACGCGAGGCCAUGCACGGCGACGUACGCGAUGACGCGGACGGACGCCGCGUUCUGCGCGCUCGCGGGGAUCGACGCGGAGACGUACGAGAGGGAGGUGAAGGACGCCGCGGAGGAUCCGGACGCGGGGCGGUUGCCGUGGUUGCGGGACGGGAGGAAGUGGUCGCUCGCGGAGGGCGGGAAGGCGGCGGCGGCGGCGGCGGCGGCGGCGGCGGGGACGUGA